UCUUUAUUUUUCUUGUGUCUUUUCGCCGUUAGUUCUUCAUUGUGUUUGUUCAUGAAGUGAUUGAUAUGUUUUUCCUUAUCUUUUUCAUAUUUUGUUAUUUAUUGUAAUUGUCAUAUGUAUUCAAGUCUUUCAUUUGCUAAGUGACGUUUGCAGUUAGUGUCAGUGGUGUUUUAUUCCUUCUUAAAAACGUGUUUAUAACCAAGAGAGAGUGAGAGGGGGGUGUGGAAGAAAGAUGAAGAUGAGAGAGAUUGAAUGUAAGAAUACAUGAAGGAUAUUAUUUAUUUAAUUCUAAAAGUGUUGAAUAUAACAAAAGUAGUGACAGUGUUUUAUUCAUUUCUGUGGUUCACAACUUACUUUGGUGUUCCACUACUACUACCGGCAUUAUCACCAUUGUUACUACCAAAUAGAAUCAAAGAAAUAGGAAAUAUUGAAGAAGAAAAAUUUUUUUUAAAAAAAUUUUGAAGGAGUGAGAGCGUUUUCAAAGUGAGCAUCAGUGUGUGCUCUUGCAUCAUUUUCUUGCAAACUCUGCUUUUAUUACAACGGAUCAUCUUCAGCAAUUCCUCACCGUGCCUAUCCUCGAUGAGAGGAGGCACAUGUCCAUUGUUGCCACCGAAAAUGCAGGGCCCAGUCCAUGUGAGCUACAGGGCCCAUUGUGGGUCAAAAUGAGUGCAAUUACUGGUAAUAUUACCAAAAAAAGAAAGAAAUCAGAUGCAAAGCCUCAAUCGCAAAUUAAUAAGUGCCUUAAUGAGAAGCGUCGGCGAACUCAGGAAAAUCUCUACAUUGAUGAGCUUGCUGAAUUGAUUUCUGUCACGGACAUGAGCUCUGGUAAAACUGACAAAUGUCAGAUCCUUCAGAGAACCGUAGAACAGAUUCGGCACAUUAAUCAACAGACAGGUUCUAAUAGUCAUGCUGUACAACAAGGAGAAGUAUCAUCGUCGAAUCCUAACAUACUCUCCAAUGAUCAAGUUGGUCCUAUUUUGCUCGAGGCUUUAGAUGGUUUUUUAUUCGUCGUAAACACAGAAGGACGCGUGGAAUACGUAACAGAUAAUAUAACAGAAUAUAUAAAUUAUACCAAGAAUGAUGUACUUGGGAAGGAUAUCUAUAAUAUUAUUCAUCAUGGAGAUCAUAACAACUUCAUGCCUAACAUUCUUCCCAUGUCAGUAGCAGGUUGGUCGAGUGAACCUCAACCUCAAACGCGGAAUCGCAUCUUCGAAUGUCGCUUUUUGGUCAAGCCUCCCGAUGACAAAGAAGAAACUAUGGAGGAGAAGCAGCAACGCGUAUCAAGGUAUGAGACGAUGCAAAUCUGUUCGGCCCUUCUCCCAAAUAACGGCGCCAGUAGCAACGAUAGACUUGAUAUCAGUGGUGGUAGCAUCGGAAGCAAUACCGGCAAUGACGUAUCCGAGUCUUCAGACAUUGGACCUUGUGUAAUGUGCGUUGCACGCCGUAUUCCCCUUGAUGAGAAACGCAUUGGUCAAUUUACCUUCAAAUUGGAUACGAUUGGCAAGAUCCUUGCCGUUGAUACAAGCUGGCUGUUGCCCUCUUACUCAAUGUACCUAAGCAAUGAGGACCUGAUUAAUACAAAAAUUCAGGACUUGUGCCAUCCCCAUGAUCUCAACAAAUUAACGACUCAUUUGAAAGAUGUACUUCAAGUGGGCGAAAGUAUGAGUCCGAUAUAUCGGCUCAUGACUUCAGAUAAGUUCCUUAAUGUUCAAACGAAGUCAAAACUGUUCAAGGCUAGCGUAACGAAUGGACGCGAAACAGAUUUUAUAAUGGCCACAAACUCUAUAUUUAGGGACAAUGACUUAAUGCCUCUCGAGGGUGGCCAACUUUCCAACAACUCGAAACUCUGCUCAGGACAUUCUAGUAUACGUAGUGCAAAUAAUAGUAACAGUAACAGUAAUAAUAAUAACGUGGGUGGACCGCUAAUGUCGGUAGCGGGUCACGUCAACGGUCAGACGAGUGGUCUCAACAUGUCAUCAACGUCUUCGAGUGGGGGUCGUUCGUCCGUCGUUAAUUAUCCCGGGUCGAACUCUGAAGUAUCUACUGCUUCUGCUGGUUUCAACCAAUUUCAACCAGGCAGUAUGGACCUCGAAUUCGAUCUCUUUCCCAGUUCAACUCUUGAGCUCGAUGGAACCCCAGGUUUCUGGGCAGUUGAAGGCGGGCGAUCUGAGUCGCGAACGAGUCAAACUGGAUCAUUGUCACAACAACAGCAACCUCAACAUCAGACUCAACAGCAACAAUCGGGCUCAACACCGACAUCGCAACCAAAUGCUGUGUCAACCUCUCCAAGUAGUCAAACAAACGCAGUUGUACCUGCACAUUGCAGUCCCCUGAGAGCUUUCAGUCCCAGUACUUCGCACACUUUCAGUAAUUCCUUCCCCUUCAGUCCACUGCAAGAGUCGCAGACGACAAAUCUGGGUACUGUUGGAGUGUCUUCAGCUUUACAAUCCAGCCCCAUGGAUCAUCGUUCUAACGGUCCUAGUCAACAGCAACAAGAUUCGGAACAACAAUCACAAUCACAAAAUAGCAUAGUAUCGACGGAAUCAGGUCGGCUUAGAAACUUGCUGACCAAGGGUAACAGUACAAGCGAUGACAAUGGUCAGGAUAAUGUUUCAGUUGGAAAUAGUGGUCAAACGGGGACUGAGGCUGAUAAACCCAGUCAGACCAAUAGGAUACUCAAAAUACUAUUAAAUCAACAAGAUGAAGACGACUAUCAUUCGGCAGAGCAUUCAGGUACCAAGAGUAUGCGCAACAGCCCAAGCCAGCUGAUACAACCAAAACCCAUUCAGCAUGAGCAUAAGUCUAAUGUGGGACCUAGCAACAAUAUGCUUCUCCAGUUGCUCAACGAGAAGAACGACGAUGAUGAUGAGGAAUCGCGAGCAGGCUUGAAGAAGAGGAAUGAACUUCUUACGCAACUUUUGAAGGAUCCUGAUGACGAAAAGAAACAUCAUGAUCAAAAAAAUCGCGAGGACGAUCCUCUGCUACGAAGUCUUGGUUUUCGUAACGCUUCUCCAUCAUCAUCACAAUUGGAGAACAAUACUAGCAAUAGUGUCAGUUUGAGUGCUGGGCAAAAAAGGUCUGUUGAGGACGGCGAGUUGAAUAUUGCGGUGAAGCGUUCUAUGGAUGGAUCUCAGGUAACCUCCACUGGAAACAGUAGCAGCGGUAGUAGUGGUGGUUCUGGCAGUAAUCCGAGCAAGCUGUGGGAAAAGAAUCGAAUGUUGGCCUCUUUAUUAGCGAAACAACCAACCCAACCUGCAACGAUACCACCUAUUCCAGCUUCCGUAAUAUCAGCUACUCCACAAGACAAGUUACCCCGUGUUCUGGAUCGGAGCAAGCAACAUCAACAACAAUCUUGGGCUAGUAUACAAACCGUUUGCAGUAAUUCGACAACGACAACGGCAACGUCUGCAAGAACUACACAAAAUCAAACUAGACAAUUACCUCGUCAAACAACCAAUAUCUAUCUCACACAGUUACAACAAAGAACUCAAAUAGAACAGGUGGAUUCCGAUUUUAUAGGAAAUCGAGAAUAUAGACAGUCUUCAGAUCCUUCAACAUGGGAUAUUCAGUCUGCUUCUGAUCCAGAUUUAUCAGAUAUUUUAGAUCAAGUAAUAGAAAUUGUACCAGAAGGUAUUGCAGAUAAUACAGCUAUAGCUAGUUUGUUAAAUGCAGUUGAAGCACAACGAAAUGAAAAAUUGGCAAUAAAUGCCAUACAGGAAUCAUUAAUGCAGAUUGAGACUGCUGUUAAUCCUACUUCUUCCAAUCUUACAAUACCUGGUACUCCUCCAGCUUAUUCAACAACUUUAGUGAAUACAUCUGUUACAUCAAGUAACAAUUACCAAUCUUCAUCUAUUUAUCAACAACAAUCGUCACAACAACAGCAGCAACAACAUUCUCGAAUACGUCUAAAUACGCAACCAACAAAUAUUCGACAAGUUACUACACAAUUUACUUCCUUACAACAGCAACAACAAUUGCAACUACAACAACGUAAAUUGAUACAACAACAACAGCAGCAACUAAAACAAAGAUUGUUGCAACAGCAACAGCAGCAACAAUUACUUAUACCUUCAAAUGCAACAGCCCCGGACCAAAUAGCGACUGGUAUUCACAACAUCGACAGUCUUUUAAAUAAUACUGUUGCUCCAAACGUUUCUUUACAGCGAUCUAGCGUGCCAGAUUCACAAGUAUCGCCGAGUUAUGGAGGAUCCGUCCAAAUGCCUCAAGGGCAGCAUCGCCUUACUCACCCCUAUUCUCAUUCUUCCACAUUAUCUCAACACUCUGCUGUUAAUAACAAUUUCAAUACUGGUCAACAAGUUUCUGCUACAGCUAGGCUUUCGCCCCAUUCUCCAGCUGGUAUAUUAUCUUUUUCACAUCCACAACCUUUAUCUCCUCGUGUGACACAGCAAGGAAAUUACGCGGGUAGUCCACGGAUGUUUAAUGUGAAUCAGGUGCGGCAGCAACAGCAGUCUGCUCAACAACCAGUAAUGCAACAACAGCAGCAACAACAACAACAACAACAACAACAACAGCAACAAAGAUCGAUAUCAUCACCGGGUACGCCGGUCUCAGCCCGGCAGUCUCCUUUUUCGGCAGAAGCCUUUCCACCACCCGCGUCGCCUACGGCCAGUCAAUUCUCACCAGUUCCAAAUUCUAAUGUUACGAACCAAUCGACACAAUAUCGACUACAGCGCACCUCGUCUAACGCAUCUGCAACAACGCAAUUAUCAGGUGGGGUUGGUUCACCCUGUCAUUAUGGCGGUGUGAGCAAGGAGCAACCUCUAUCAUCACCUAGUCAUCCUCUCUCAGGUUGCCCUGCAACACCAACUCAUAAUCAACAUAAUGCCAACAAUACCCAACACUUUUCAAACCAUCAACACUCAUCUAUGUUAUACCACAACGCCGCCUGUGUACAGAGUAGUCAGUACUGUUACGAUCGGACGUCUGUUACUCUCUAUCAGUCAGGCCCGGGAGAUAUGCAAGAAAUUAGGCCUCCACCUUCCAGUAAUUCUGCUAGUCACCAAAUAGGUGGUAAUGGAAGUAGUUCAGGUGGUAUAAAUUCGGAGUAUGUUCGAAAAGAAUUAAGGACAGUAGUUGAUGCGAGAAUACAACAGCAGCAACAACAACAACAACAACAACAACAACAACAACAACAACAACAGAGGAUACCGAAUAAUCUUCAAAACAACAUUUCUGGUCAGGUGUCUCAAGAAGAUUUAGAAUCCCUUGGUUUAAAUUACGAUAUUGCAUCGGGAGGUGAUGCGUUGAUUAGCGAUGGCUCUGCCAAGAGUUGGGCAAUUGGUAGUGCCGGAACCACCCUCUCGUCCUCCAGGACUACUAUGGAAGAAGUGGCUCGAGGUGAUACAAAAUCAUCUUUAUUGCAAAAGCUGUUGUCAGAGUGACUAGUGGGUGGCUCGUGUCAAAAAAAAGAAGCAUAUGUAAUAUACAUUUGAUUUAAAAUAAAAAGUGGAAUA